CCUGCUCAACACUGAGCAUGCGCUAAAAUGCUUGUUGAUAUGUUGGUAGCCAGGUCAAUUUUAAUGUGCUUUUGGUGACAUUGACAAUGACAGUUCUACACGGACAUAAGACGUGAAAGUGUGAACUCUUGUAUGGAUAUUUUCUAAGCUAAUAUUAAUCAUUUUAUAAUAAAUGAAGCCAGAUGAUCCUAGCUCAUGGAACACAAGCCAUCACCUCCAAGAAGACCUAAACCUGAAAGGGAGAGGGCAUUUUAUGAAACACCUGAACAUGUAAAAACCAGUGCCAAAAUAGUCAAUGAGGCUCGGUCCUCUCUGCGCACUGUAAAAACUAACCGUCCGUUUACUCCAAAACCUGAAGAAAGAACUUUAUUUGGAAGCGCAAGUAACAGAGAUCCUCAAAAUAGACCUCCAAGUGCAUUUAGUCUUGGCUCUCACCACUUUGAUGGUAGUGAAUCCAGACCAACAUCAGGAACGAGACCUGUUUCAGGAACAAGACCCGUUUCUGGCACUGCAAGACUUACACCACUCGGCCAUAAACCAAAGACACCCCCAGCUGGUGUUGUCAGUCCUCCAGUACCCAGGCCCCCAGUAGAUCCUAACAGACCAAUCCGCAGAACAGGUUCCAGAGGAAGACUGCUUCAUUCACUAAGCGUAGAGAGCAGUUCAGAAGAAAUAUCCCUGAAAACACGAUCAGGAUCUCUGCAAGAUGUGUCAUCAAGUGGCAAAGAAGAAGUAGCUCCAGAUGUGCUGACCAGGAGAGUCCACAGUGGACCAAAGGAGAGAGUAGGGCAGCUCUUAGAAGAGAGAGGAGUGGGGGAUGGGAGUGAGAGUGUUCACAGACCUCCUAGUGCUGUUACUACUACCUCUAUUAGCAGCCAGAUUGGAAGUGACAAUGAACUCCGUGUCAAAAGUGGUGGAUCUUCUAGAAGGCCUUCAAGUGGUGGUAAACCAGGGAGUGGUGGUAAACGUGAAGAAGAAACUCCAGCAGAAUCUCAAUUUUUCAACAAAAACAUUGCACCAAUCUUAGAGCAAAUGGCUGCUCUGAGAAAAGAAAAAGAUGCCACUGAGUUGAGCAACCUGUGUAGUAUGUUGUACUGUACACUGGAACAAGGCAACAUGUUGGGCAGGGCUUGCAAAAGACGGUCUGCUAUACUGAAAACCAUCUUUAAACUUCUUGAUUCUGAGUCUCCAGUGCUGAGAGUUAGGCUAGCCAAACUCAUAUUGGGGUUGAAAAUCACAGGCAACAAUCUGACAAGCGUUUGCAAACUGAUAUUUAAAAUCAGCAGGGAAGAAAGCAAUGACAUGCUUUUUAUUGAAGAGGAAAUGAUCGCUCCCCUUUUGGAUACCAUGUGCACUACAGAUCUGUCCACUUCACAGGAUGCACUAGUCUAUCUUCUUGGUGCUCUCAAGUUUCUCUCAGGAAAUACCACUGUAGGCCAGCAUCUCACCAGACACAGGGCUGUGGAGGCUUAUGGAAAGCUGUUAAAGGCCAUCAACACAGCUACUGCUGACAGUAAAGAAAAAAUGGGCAAUGUUCUAGUUCAGCUCACAGCAGGACUCAGAAACUUAGUUGAUAAUGAGGAAAACAGAGAGGACAUGGUCUCUAGCCAUGUUAUAGAAGAGAUGGAGAGAUCUACACAGCUGUAUAGUGCUGACAGUGAAGUGGUACACAAUAUUAUCAGAAUUUUUAGCAAAGUGACCCUGCAUUCAGACUGCUGCAACGCAUUGAACAGUAUUCCGUCCACAUACAAGUCUUUCCUAUAUUUGCUCAAUCAGUACAUCCAAAAACAGGAUCUUAUAGUACGCCUGACCUUUGUGAUAGGCAACCUGACGGCCAAGAGUGAUGAUGCUAGGCUACGCUUUUUUCAAGAAGAAAAUGCUUUCAAAACCAUCUUGAAUAUUUUCAAAACUUACUUAGAAUUGGACAUGAAGUCUUUCUCAAAACACAAGGAAGAAGUCAAGGAAAGUGGCACUGGCUCUAAACAUCCAGAUACUGUGGAAGACAUAAUGAUCAAAGUGGUCCGUGUAAUAGCCAAUCUGUCCAUAAAUGAAGAAGUAGGAAAACAACUGGCCACCAAUGAAAAAUGUGUAGAAUGGCUUCUACACAUUAUAGAUACAAAGGACAUGUCAACAAGUGAAGAGCUAGUACUUAAUUCGGUAGCAACAAUCAACAAUCUUUCAUUUUAUCAUGUGCCAGGCAGUGCUGUGGUUAAGAAACAGCAGCAGGUCACAGAAAGUUUUUUGAAACUGCUCAAUGUACAGCAUAUGGAGGGUUUUGUAGAAGCUUCCAGAGUGUAUGGGAACCUCACAAGACACAAGGCUGUCCGGGACUUCCUAGCUGCUAAUAAGGUGCCAGAAAUGAUGGUGGCAUUGCUGGAUUCUGGUAGCCGAGAGGUAGUCUACACUGCAUGUGGUGUCCUUAUCAACCUCAUGGCUGAUGAAAACAAGAGACACAUUCUCAAGGAAGAAGGAGGGAUUUCAAAGCUGAUAGAUGUGUUGCGUGACUUUGGUCGCAGUGACUGGCAGCUGGGCAGUAUGGUGUGUCAGAUCCUGUGGAACUACAGUGCCAGGAUCACCAGCUCUACAGACUGCUAUGGAGAGAAAGAAGCACAGGAGCUGGCAGAUCUCCUAAUUGACUACCUGGAUGAGGAGACUGCCCUGGAUUCCAGUGAUACAGCAGGAGUAGAGGAGGCUAUGCUGGCAUUCCUGAGAGAUGUAUGGGAGGAGGAGUUCUGUCCGGUUGCAAACAAGCUGCUAAAUCGAAUAGAGUCCCACCAGUCAGAUUUUGAACCUCUUCCUGUCCCAAGCUGAUAGAACAUUCCUGUUUUAUUUCCUUUACUAGUAUGUUCCCUCACUGGAAUAUGUGAAGCAUAUUUCUGCAUUAGUAUAGUAUAUUCUUGUAUCAGGAUUCCUUUACUUGAGGGGUAUAUCUUUUACAAAAAUGUCACUGACACUGUAAUUUUACUGUCAUAACUCAAAAUAUGUAAACUCCUUUUUCAUUAAAGGAAUAUAUAUCCUACACAAGGAUGAAAUGUUUCUUAUGGGAAAAGUGAUUUUUUUUUCUGACUGACUUAAGUUUCACCUAACCAUUACAUAUAAUAGCUGGAAUAAUGUUCAUCAGGCUGUUAAAUUUGAGUCAAAGUAAGUUUUUAGUGGUCUAAAUAUUGUCAUUUGCUGAAAAUAAAGGUUUUGUGGUCAUAGUUUGAACUGCUCAUCACAUUGUUGCACUACUGUAAAACAGUAGCAUUUUCAUAGGUCAUGCUUGCUUAUUUUUUGUGGUAUCAAAAUAAAUUUUCAUUAGAAUAAUAUUAGAUUGGCACAAAUUAUUCAAAUAUUUUUAAAAAAUCUGGUACUGCUGUAAAACAGUGGCGUUUUCAUAGGACAUGCUUGCUUAUUUUUUGUGGUAUCAAAAUAAAUUUUCAUUAGAAUAAUAUUAGAUUGGCACAAAUUAUUCAUAUAUUAAAAAAAAAAUCUGGUACCAAGUUUAAUCAUAGAUAUUUUAGCGGAACUGAUAUGCUAGUCCAAGCUAAGCCUUUUCAUUUGAUAUCUGAAUCUCACUUGUAGUGUUAGUUUGCUCCAUUAAUUCAAGAGUACCACACUUUGUUGCUCACAAUAUAUUGUGUUAAGUAAAUGUUAAUGUGCAAAUGCAGAAUAUUUCACUGAGAUAUGGUUGCUGUUAGCUUUUGAUAGACUGUUCAAAGGCUAUGAAAUGUUUUGAUUAGUACACAUUGUUAUUUAUAAAGUCAUCUUUCCUGUGUUUGUGUAGCAUGAAGCUGAGCCUUUAGAUUUCUAAAGUGCAGGAUUAUUAAAUUUGAAGGCAGUUAGAAGCAGUAUUAUAUACUUGUAUAUAAGUCUAUGCAUUAGUACAAGUACUAGUAACUUCACUAAUGCAUAUUUGGAGAUGUACUGGAUAUGCAAACUUUCCGAGUUCAAUCAAUCAGUAUUUUAAUAUAUGUUGCGAAUAGAUUUAAAUUAUCCUACUAAUUUUGCUGAAGUUAAAAUGAAAUAGUGAUAGGUGAUUUUAUGUAAUUAUGAGGGAAAAAGCAACCUUCCAAUCAGUGAUGACUACAAUAAUAUUAAAGUUUUGAACUCUGAUGUUCAGGACACCAUCUCUUCCAAGUCAACUUCAGGUCAGAUUGUUAAUUAUGUAUAUGGUGUCUGACAUUAAGCUCAACUUUUUGUUUAUUGUCAUCUCUUCAUAUCAUGUUGCUCUUGUGUAUUAAAGAUUGUAGUGUGAAGUGUAAAGGUGUUGCACAGACUUAAGCAAAAAGAAAAAAAGCAGCACGAUCGUGACUGUUUACAGAUUUUAUAGUACAUGUAACAAUGUUAAACAUGUUACACACGGAUUGAAGUUUGUACAAGGGUGUUCCUAAGUUAUAAAUGAAGUCUAAGAAAAUAUUGAAGAAAUAUUUUAAGAAAGCCAAGCUAGUACGAUACCAUAGAAGGUAAAUCCUGCUUACAGUGCUUUGAGUGCAUGUCAA